UUGUUACUUUUCUUGGGCCUUGUUUUUCAUGUUGUUGAAAUUGGAGUUGAAGGAGUCGGACAUCAUAGAAUAGAAUCAGAUGUUGUCUGAAGUGAGCAUCCUGUUAAUGUCUGUAAAAGAAGCUCUAAAACAUAGUUGGGCGACGUGAUAAUACAGCCUAAAAACGCGGAACUGCUGAAGGGGUUUGUAAGUUCGAAAAAGGUUUCUGAUGCCUAUUUUGGAGAUAUCUAACAGGUUCUAAACAUAGCAGCCACCGUCCUUUCUGUGUAUACUUUCCUGAACACCUGGUGGCAGCAGACCCACAUGAAUGAUUGCGAAUGCGAAGUGUUGAGGUCAGAUUGCUGAAUUGCCUUUUGACAUGCUUGUGAGAGCAGCGCCGCAAGCCCACGUCACCGUUUUGAGAAAGUGACACCUCCAUUGCUGCUUAUGGUGAUUUAACGCUUACAAAUUUUGGAAUGUUCUGCUCCAUAAAAAUACGGGCACGAUGCUUUGGGCUAUCCACAUAUGGUUAUAUACUCCUUGUUUUCUUUUUAUCCAGUCUUCUAGGUGUGGUUUUGAGUGCAGCUUACACAGUGAAGAACCACGUACCUCCAAGUUCCAGUAAGGUAGAGGAUGCCCAUGAGUUUACUAGGUUUGAAUCUCAUAGUGAAAAAGAUGUGGGUCUUAGGCACAUAGUUUUAGGUGAUGUUAGCUCCAACCAUGUCCACAGUAAUUUGCAGGAAGGUUGUGGUUCCAAUAAUUUCUGUAGGAACUUGGAGCAAUUUUGUUUUCAGUCUACACUGCCUACAUCUUCCAUUGGGAGAGGAAAUCAUGAGGUUGCUUUUUCAUCACAAGCAUCUCAACUUCAGAAUAGCAAUUUGUUGAUGUUUGGCGGAUCUCACUUGCCUGGAGAGAAUAACUUAAGCAUGAACUUCGACCAUUUUUCUUACAAGCUAUUAAAUGGUCGGGGAAUUUCUUGUUCUGUGAGUUCGAUGCUUAAGCAGCAUGAUAUUGAAAAUGGCAAUUCAUUUGUGAUUUCCACCUCAGGCAGUCCUUGUGAUGGUUAUUGUGGAGAUACAUUUAAUAGAACAAGCUCUAAGUCAGUUGUUGAUGGUCUUGACAGGGCUGAACUCAAUGCUCCUGUGAGUGUUCAUGCAGCAGGUGUAGUGGUUAGUCCACCUUCUUUGGAUUGGGGCCUUAACUAUCUGCUCACCCCUUCCCAUUCUUACUUAACUGUGACCAAUACACAUAAUGACAGUGCAAUAUAUAUUCAUGAACCAUUCUCUACUGAUCCACAAUUCUAUGCAUAUGGCUUUGAAGAAAGGAUGUUGACACCUGGGCAGUCUAUUUCAAUCACUUUCGUUUUUUUGCCUAGGUUGCUAGGUUUUUCAUCAGCUAAAUUGAUCUUGCAAACUAGUGCUGGAGGCUUCAUUGUCCAUGCUAAAGGCAAAGCCAUAGAAUCCCCUUACAGAGUACGUCCUUUGGUGUUUCAAAAUGUCCUUGCAGGGAGGAGCUCCCGUAAGUUGUCAUUAUACAAUCCAUUUGAUGUUGACCUUUAUGUUGGAGAGUUAACUGCAUGGUUUUCGGUCACUAUUGGGAAUGUGACACAUUCUGCACAUGCUGCUUGCCAGAAAAUUGAAGACGAUGAAAAUUGUGGCUCAUAUUUGAAUGAUCAGGAUUGGAUAAUUGUCAGGUCUUUUUCUCCACCCGGUUUACCAAUCCUACAGGUAAGGCCAUCUGGCAUCUGGGAAAUAGGCCCUGGGAAAAGUGAAAGCAUUAUUGAAUUUAAUCCUUUGUUGCCCGCAGAAGGGGGGAUUUUUGGGGCUAUCUGUGUAAGUCUAUGGAAUUUGUCACAUGAUCAGGUUCAGAAAAUUAUUGUUCCUUUUGAGGCAGAGACGUCUGGUAGAGUCUUCUAUACUGAUUGUUUAGGUUCUUUGUGUGUAUCACUAGAGUCCCUUGUGCUUCACGGUAAUGAGGAACCAAGAGUUUUUUCUGUUUCACUGAAAAAUGAUGCUUCACAUUUGCUAAAGGUGACCAAAAUUAGGGAGGUUACUGAAGGUCAAAAGCAUUUUUACAUCAAGUAUGCACAAGGAUUGGUACUUUUCUCUCAGACUGUUACACGAAUUGCAAAUGUCAUUUAUAGUCUACACACUUCACCGGAGAAUGCUGCAGAUGAAAUCUCAAUGAUUGGAUCCAACUGCAAGCUGCUUAUAGUGACAAAUGCUUCUGUUAACCCAGAGAUUGAGAUCCCCUGCAAAGCUAUAUUUGAAGCAUUCUCUAUACAUCAGAUUGAGACAACUGCCAGUGCCUUUGAUAAUUUCCACAGUAUAAUCAAUUGUGGCAAUUCAGGCUUUGCUGGUUCAAGAGCUCAGACUUUCAGCAACUUGAUUCAUUCACAAUCAUUAAUAAAGGGCUCAGAUAUUGCAAAAGCAGAUGAAUGUAUUUUAAACAACUGGAUAUCACAAAGAACAGCAAUAGGCAUGUCUGUCCUCGGGGAUACUGAAAUUUUGUUUCCAAUUGUCCAUGUGGGAGCACACUGUUCAAAAUGGAUCACUGUGAAAAAUCCAAGUCAAAAGCCUGUUGUUAUGCAGCUUGUGUUGAACUCAGGAGUAAUCAUUGAUCAGUGCACAGGCAUUGAUGACCUAUUACAACAUGCCUUGGCAAGUAGUUCAACCAAAUAUGAAGCUUCAACAAAAAGUGAUGGUUUUUUCAUAUCUGAGGUUGGGAUAAGUGAAGCAUAUGUUUAUCCUAAUGAAAGUGCACUUCUUGGGCCUAUUUCAUUUCGACCAUCAAACCAUUGUGUCUGGAGAAGCUCUGUGCUGAUUAGAAACAACCUCACGGGGACUGAAUGGCUUCCAUUACAUGGUUCUGGAGGGUUAGCUUCCCUUGUAUUGCUUGAAGGAUCAAAACCUGUUCAGAGCCUGGAGUUUGACUUUGGGUAUCCUCUUUCUCUUAAUGUGUCACCUUCUGAAAAAUUGCUUGACAUGAAAUCCACCAGUGCCACUUGUGCAAGGCCACUUCUGAAGGUAUUAUAUGCAAAAAAUGCAGGAGAUAUGCCACUGGAAGUUACACGGAUUGAUAUUUCAGGAACUGGCUGUGGAUCAGAUGGAUUUACAGUAGACACAUGUGAGGGUUUCACUCUUCAGCCUGGCGAAACAAUGAGGCUUCUUGUUUCAUAUCAGACAGACUUUUCUGCAUCAGUGGUUCACAGGGACCUUGAACUUGCUUAUUCAACUGGAGUCCUUGUGAUCCCCAUGAGAGCAACCUUUCCUGCUUAUAUGCUUAGCCUUUGUAGAAGAUCGUUCUUCUGGAUGCUUUUGCAAAAGGUGUCUCUUGUGGUUCUGGUUGCAGCCUCCGCAACCUUCUUGGUCUUCUUCCGCAUCGUUCCACAAGCUACUACCUCAGAAGGGGAUGAAUGCUUGGGCAAGUAUGCAAAACGGGCUAUUUCUUCACUUACCAAGAUUGGUAAAGCUGCUGAUUCACAUCAGGGUCAGAGGAGUUUCAGGUUAACCAACCCACCUGCUUCAACUAUAGAGUUUGACCAUCACGACGACACAUAUAAAAGCCAAGAGUCUGAAACUGUAUCCUUUCAAAAUGUGAGAUGGAUACAGGAUAACAUUGUGAGCUCUUUUUCAUUACCGUCCUACUGUGAUAAUGACAAUAAUACUCGGUCAUCCUCAUCGAAUUCAACAAGCAAAUCAAAAUGCAUAGUGGAGAGCUCAGGGUUAGCUGAAUCAUCACCCAAGGGUAACCUUACAGUUAAGACAGAGACAGGAAGAGGCAAGCGAAGGAAAAGAAGAGGCGCUGCACUAGCAGGAAAACAGGAGGUUUCUAGUAGCCAGAGUGGCAACUCCACUCCAUCUUCACCGGUGUCUCCACUUGCACCUUUUACAUCAUCUUGUCCAGGUAGCCCGCUUAUUAAAGGGUCAUCUAGCCUUGAUGUGCGUGCAGCUGAGAUGCCUGCUUAUGCUCUCACCGAGACAUCACUCGCAGAUUCUGGUAACAUAGAACCAAAGCCAGACAAGUUUUGUGGACAGACUGUGUUACCAUCCAAGCAAAUCACAGAAAAUACCAGUCCUGAGCUGCCUUGCUUGAGUAUGUCAAGGAAAAAGAGUGGUCGUCCUGUUUUAUUGCCCUCUGCGACAUUCCCAACUAGUGGAAAACAUGAUGAGCGAAGAGCGUGCAAUCCUUCCACUUUUUCAUCAUCACCGUCUUCCCCAUGUUUAUCACAGCCUUCUGGUGUUGCUCCACAUGCACGAGCUCCAGGGUCAAGGCUAGGGAAAGAAAGAAUAAAUAAACAGGAAAAUGAAAAUGAUGGAUUGGCUGUGAAUGAAGGUCUUGUUUAUGAUAUAUGGGGCAAUCAUUUUCCUGAGUUCCAGCUCAUGGACAGCCCAGGGAUAUGUUCUUCUAAGACGUUUGACAUAUCACCUGAUUCACAGAGCUUUUUCGCCCAAACACCUCAGAGCCACUUGCAGAAGUUCCCGUACUAGUAUAUGCCCCUGGCUGACAGACAGUCUUUUUUUGUUGUUGUAAUUUUCUAUCCCUAAAAUUAAUCAAUUAAUUGCUUAUCAAAGUUUUGAGAUAUUGCAAGGUUCUGUGAAUAGACCACCGUAACAUCAUUUCCAACUGUAUAUUGUAAAUCCCUUUUCUUGAUCUUUGGUUUACUUUUCCUCUUGCCAAUGAAGCUGUGUAAUGGCAUAUGCAAAAAGCCAGGUGCAUCUUGGUUU